AUGGGAGCAACUCAUAAAAAACCUUCUCAAGAUGAUUCUAAUCUUGAAAUAUAUUCUCUUAUUUGGCUUGAUCCAACAUUUCAUAAUAAUGAUGAAAUUGUUAAAGCUCAACAAAAACUUCGAAUAUCAAUAAAUUAUUUAAAAAUAUUUGAAAAUUGUUAUCAAUGUGAAGAAUAUAUUCGAUCAGUUAAUUCAUUUAAUCGAUUUAUUUUAAUUAUUAAUGAUGAAUUAGCUCGACAAAUAGUUCCUCGAAUUGAACAACUACGACAAGUAUAUUCAAUUUAUAUUCAUUGUUUAGAUAAAAUAAUAAAUCAACAAUGGGCGAAACAAUUUCUAAAGAUAAAAUGUUUGAGUGAUCAAUUAGAUAUGCUUGUAACACGAAUUCAAUCUGAUCAUAGAAUUGAUGAUUCAUUUCCUGUUGUUAUUUAUAAUGUAAAUAAAUUAAAUUUUCAUUUUUUUUAUUCACAAUUAUUAUUUGAUUGUCUUAUUCGAUUAAAUUCAAAUGAUAAAAAUAAAUUUAUAUUUUUAUGUCAAAAUGAAUAUAAAGAUAAUGAAAUUGAAUUAAAUAUUAUUCAUGAAUUUGAAAAAUAUUAUUCAGCAAAAGAAUCUUUAUCAUGGUAUACAAGAAAAUCUUUUAUUUAUCGAAUAUUAAAUAAAGCUCUUCUUAUACAAAAUAUUGAUUUAUUAUUUACAUUAAGAUUUUUUAUUCAAGAUAUUUAUCAACAAAUCAAAGAAAAUAAAUGUUUAUAUCCAAUUCAUGCUUAUCAUAGUCAUUUAAUGACAUAUGAAGAAAUUCAAUUAAUUGAAAAUUCUCUUGGACAAUAUAUUUCAAUUAAUUCAUUUCUUUCAGCAUGUCUUGAUCGUGGUUUAGCUUUAUUUUAUCUUUAUGAACCAAAUGAUCUUCAACGAGUUUUAUUUGAAAUUGAUACAGAUAUUCAAUCAAAUGAUAUGAAUCAUUUUGGUUAUAUUAAAUUAGUUAAUUAUUGUGAAGAAAAUGAACAAAUACUUUUUAUGUUAGGAUCAAUAUUUCGAAUUGAAAAUAUUUUUCUUAAUGAUGAUGAAAUAUGGAUUAUUCAAAUGAAAUUAUGUACAGAAAAUGAUUAUCAAUUAAAGUUAAUAUUUAAUUUUCUCAUAAAUGAAUAUAAUUAUGGUCAAGAAAAUAAUAUAUUUUCAUUUGGAGAAUUUCUUAUUAAACAAGGUUGUUUAAAUGAAGUUGAAAAAUAUUAUAUUCGUUUAAUUGAUGAAUUUUCUGAUCAUCCUGAUAAUUUAAUUCAAUGUUAUAAUGAACUUGGUAAACUUGCAAAAGAUAAACAUGAUUAUGAAUUAAGUAUUCAAUGGUUUAAUAAAGCAAUUAAAAUAAAAUCACAAAAUGAUUCAUAUUUAAUUGAAAGUUAUAAUAAUAUAGCAGAAAUUUAUCAAAAAAAUGGUGAUUAUAAACAAGCAAUUGAAUCAUAUAAUAAAUCAUUGAAGAUUUUUAUAAAAAUAUUUGGUGAUGAUCAUCAAAAAUUAGCUAUAUGUUUUAAUAAUAUAGCUAUUGCAUAUAAAAAAGAAAAAAAAUAUAUAGAAGCACUUGAAUAUCAUCAAAAAGCAUUGAAUAUUCUUGAAAAAUAUCGAUCAUCUAAUCAUUGUGAUUUAGCAGCAUCACAUAAUAAUAUUGGUGUUAUACAUCGACAUCUUGGUCAUUAUGAUCUUGCAUUAGAACAUUAUCAUAAUGCAUUAGAAAUCUAUAAAAAAUCUCUUUCUGGUUCAUAUUCUGAUAUGGCUAAAACUUUUAGAAAUAUUGGUACAGUUCAUCAAGAUAAAGGUGAUUUACAACAAUCAUUGUUAUGUUUUAAAAAAUCAUCUAUAAUAUAUCGAUGUAGUUUAUCAUCGGAACAUCCUGAUGUUAUGGAAAUUGAAGAAAAAAUUCGAAAUAUAUCAUGUCAUUUGAAAUAG